AUGGCAAGUAAUCACAAACGAAUCACACCACCAUCCAGUUCCGAAUCGUCUUCAUCGGAAUUGAAUGAAUCGUUUACAACUGAAAGCUCAGAAGUAGGCUGCAAAAAAUUAAAAACAAAUCCGAUUGAUGAAAAAGAAGCAACCUCUCAACUCGACAAUAAUCAAGUAUCAUAUAUUGGAAGAAAUGAAAUUUUACAACAAAUAGAAAAUAAUAGUUUUAAAAUUCCGUACAUUUACAAAGAUGUGGAUGUGAUAGUAAUUGAUAAACCCUAUGACUUGCACAUUGAUGGAAAUUAUACACUCACUGUCGAAAAACUUGUAAAUACACAAUAUCCAGAAAUGGAAAACCCUCCUGCAGAAAAUAUAGCACAACCAAAACGAGGAUUCACACCAUCGAAACGAAAGUUGAAAUUUUGUCACCAAUUAGAUUAUGCAACUUCAGGAAUUUUAUGUUUAGCGUUUACUCGAUCGAGUUGUGCAAGAAUUUCACAAUGUUUUCAACAACGUACUGCCAAAAAGAAAUAUUUGGCAGUUGUCAGAGGCCAUAUAGAAUCAGAGUCAAGUUUUGAUCUUACUUCUUGGAUCGAGGAAGAUCCAACAGACGAAAACAAAUUUAAAAUGAGAAAUUACUUUAAGGGACCUCAAAAAACUCCCAUUGGAGAGUUCAAUACAGAUGAGGAGAAAAAGGCAGCCUCCAUGAGCAAGGAGUCAUCCACACAUGCGCAAGUGUUAAAGACAGGAUUUUACCACGUUGGUGGAAUGAAAAAAGAUGAUUCCUCAGAAAUAAUACAACAAAAAAUUCCUGUCACAAAAGUGUUAUUAACUCCAAGCACUGGGAGACGUCAUCAAUUAAGACUUCACAUGCAGCUUUAUGGAACUCCAAUUCUGGGUGAUGGUACGUAUGGCAACAAUGAAGAUGGUAUUCAUCGAAUGAUGCUUCAUGCAUGGUCCUUAACACUACCAGGAGUGUUAGAUCAAGAAUUGGUCACGAGUGAUCCAUUUGAAGAUGCCAAUUAUUUCCAAUGGAGAGAAUAA